UACUUGCAGCUUAUAAAACCCCAAGUCGGGUUUAGAAGAAAAGGCAUACUCAGGUGGAAUCGGCUUAUAGACCAGCCGGAGAACGAGGAACAGAGAACUCCACAAGUCAAAUUUCUGAUACCAAGAUUUUUGGGAAUAAAAAUGGUUGUGACAGAUUCAGAAAUGACAUCUCAUGGUAAUAAGGGUGAGUCUCCUCCAUUACAGUCAGAACAGCAGCAGCCCAAGAAUCAUGCAUUCGCAUCCCUUGGCAGUCAGUCGUCCAUCUAUUCGCUUACUCUGGAUGAGUUUCAAAAACACCCUUUGCGAGAGUGGAAAGAUUUUGGGUCGAUGAAUAUGGACGAGUUCUUGAAUAGCAUCUGGACAGCUGAGGAAAAUCAAGCUCAAGUCACUAGUGCGAUGGUAGUUGCAGCAGCAAAUAUCAACCCCAAUCCUAAGCAAUUGUCCCAGCUGGGAAGCCACGAUGCGCCGAUAGAUCAGAAGGGCAUCAUCACCAGGCAACUAAGCCUCCCAAGGCAAGGCUCUCUCACACUUCCGGGACCUUUAUCGCGGAAAACAGUCGAGGAGGUGUGGACGGAGAUUCACGAGUCUCAACAAGAACAUGAGCCCCCGACUAAUUGCACCAAUCCGCAAAAUACGGGCUCUUCUCAGCAGCGGCAGAUCACAUUUGGGGAAAUGACUCUGGAAGACUUUCUAGUCAGAGCAGGGGUGGUACGAGAACAGACUCAGCCACCGCCUUCGCCGUUGCCUCAGCAGCCGCAACAGCCCUACGGUGGUACUUUCUACCAAAAUAACAAUACUGAUGUAAUGGGAACUGGCUUUGUGACGAGGCCUGUCAUUGGUGGCCCUGGUGGCAGUGCUAACGUUGUGGGCUACCAGCCGAUGCCACAAACGGGGGAUGCAUCUGCCGCGUAUCCCGGGAGCAUGAAGAGGGGCGGAGGUUAUGCGGCCCAGCCAACAGCGGCCUGUUUUGGCGGCAGAAUGGGAAAUGGAGGGAGUGGAGGCGGAUAUGGGCAAGUGCAGGGAUUAGGAAUGGGUUCACCUGUGAGUCCAGUGUCAUCCGAGGGGUUGUGUGCGAAUCCGAUGGAUGGUGCAAACCCAUACGGGAUGGACGUGGGCGGAAUGAGAGGCAGCGGAGCAGGCGGAGGAAGGAAACGUAUCAUCGACGGUCCAAUAGAGAAGGUGGUGGAAAGGAGGCAGCGGAGGAUGAUAAAGAAUAGGGAAUCGGCCGCAAGAUCAAGAGCUAGAAAGCAGGCAUAUACCGUGGAACUGGAGGCUGAAUUGAACCAGCUGAAGGAAGAGAAUGGUCAUCUAAAGCAGGCUUUGGCCGAGCUUGAGAGAAAAAGAAGGCAGCAGCAGGUUGAAGAGUCCAAGAUGAAAGCUCAGACGAGGACGCAGCGAAACAAUGAUAGAUUGAUGAGAACCAUCAGGAGGACCACCAGUUCUCCUUUCUGAACUCAGAAACAAAAGCGGCGUGGACCUGCAGCCGCUGAUAUAAUGUGCAGCUCAGAAGCCAUCAUGAGUUAAGCCGGGCCGCGUUGUCUUAAUAUUCAAUUAAUGCCUAGUAUUUCGAUGAUAAUUCGUGAUUAGGCUGCCUUCUUUUUUUUCAUAUAUUUAUAUAUAUAUUUCUCUCUUCCCCUGACCGGUUUUACUUCUUGGUACCAGAAAAUUGUUUGAGAUUUUAUACAUAUGCUUACUCUUGAAUUUGUUUGUGUGGAAUUCUUCUUCUGUAGU